AUGGCAGCCCGCAGCUUCAGUCUCGGCAUCAUUGCGUGUGGCCAGAUGGGCACAGCCAUCCUCGCCGGGAUUCUCAGCCAAGAACCCACAGCCAAUGCGCCAUGGAACGUGAAGCGGAUCUUUGUCUCAGUCCAAUCUGCAGCAUCCGUCUCCCGGCUUCAAAAUAUGUUCGCGCAACACCUAUCUCGUGUGACCAUUUACCAAGGAGAUAACUUGGCAGUUGCGGAGCAUUCUCACGUCGUGAUCUUGGGAUGCAAGCCCGCACUGAUGGAGGGGAUCUUGGGGGCGGCAGGAAUGGGAGAUGCCUUGAAUGGAAAGAUUCUGAUCAGUAUAUUGGCCGGCAAGACCACGGAGAUGACCCGACGAGCAAUCAGUGACAUUGAAGCACCACUUGGUGGAGCUAACCCCCACGUGCAUGUUGUGAGGACAAUGCCAAAUAUGGCGGCCCGGGAACACGCAUCUAUGACAGUUGUUUCUUCGCCGGAAGAUGAUUCAGAUGGUGAGGCCGUGAGAGUAACGAGAUGGCUGUUCGAUCAUGUCGGGAAGACGCAUGAAAUUCCGGAAUCGUUGUUUGACGUGAUUGGGUCACUUGUUGGCUGCUCGGCGGCCAUGUUCACAGUGGCGAUUGAGGGGUUGUUAGAUCAGAGUGUUGCCAGUGGCCUCGAUCGUCAGGCUGCUUUAAAAUUAGUCACACAGACGCUGUUCGGGCUGGCGAAGCUGCUGGAGGCGGGCAAUCACCCAUCUGUCUUGCGCGAGGAGAUCUCGUCUCCUGGAGGAAGUACCAUCCAAGGCCUAAUGGAGCUUGAGCGACAGGGAGUUCGUUCAGCGUAUGCAUCUGCGCUUCAAGUGACUGGUGAGCGGGCGAAAUCUUUAGGCUCUAAGGAGAAGUGA